AUGCCACCGAAAAAGUCUUCUCAACAAUCUGGCGAUGGCGCCUCUGGAACAAGUGUUAAUCUACCUUUUAUCUCGGCGGAAAUCGGAAAACUUACUAAACUUGAUAUUAGCAGCUGUUCUCCUGAAGGAUUUGAGAUACGGAAACAGCGAUGGGACUCUGUUAUGACGAUUACUCGGUUUUAUGAACUCUCAAAUGAAACUCAAAAAGCUCUCUUUAUUAAUGUACUUUGUGAUGAUACUAUCAAACGAAUGAACAACCUAGGACAACAAGAUGUUCAAACUCUCAUUGAAUCUUUUCAACGCCAGGUAUGUGGCAGUUCAAAUAUAUUUGUGCAUGAAUAUGAAUUCCACAAACGAGUACAAGGCUCGAAUGAAUCGUUUGACGAGUUUUACAAUGAUCUACAAACACUAUUAAAUAAAUGUCAAUACAAGGACGGUUGCCAGAGCUCAACACGAAUGUCGUGUAAGAACCGAAUUCUCUUGGCACGUCUCGUGGCCGGUAUAAAGUCUCAUGAUAUAAGAAAGGGACUUCCCUGUAUUCAAGACCUUACUCUUGACAAAGCUGUACAAUAUUUCCAAGUAGAUGAAGCUACCUCUUCCCAAGCUGAUAAGUUUUUAACUAAAGUUAACAAGACUGGAGCCUCUACAUACAGACAAAAGAAAUUUCCUUAUAACACUGGGAAAGGGGGCCAGUCUCCACCUACAAGGGAUGAAAAUUUGCGAAAAUGCAAAUUUUGCAUGAAGUAUCAUGUUUUCAAGAAGGAAUUUUGCCCUGCAAAGGACUCUGUUUGUAGGGAUUGUCAAAACAAAGGUCACUGGGCUAAAUCUGUCAUGUGCCCGAAGUCCUCUAAACCAACAGGUGACCCUGUUGAUCCUGACAAGAAAGUUACUGACGAAUCUUCUAAGCUUGGUUCCGCCACUAAACCAACUCUUAAAGUCAUUUCAGCUGAUCAAGAACUACCCGUUACUUCUGAUGUCUCUGUCAAAGCCAUCACCAUUCCUAGUGUUGGUAAGCACUACUACACUGAUUUUAUACUUGGUAACCACAACUGGAAGCAAAAAUGCAUGAUUGAUCCUGGCUCCAACAUUAACUGUGUCGGUUAUGAUUGGAUUACCCGUUUUGACACCCCUGAGUGGUCAUACAAUCUUGAAUGUGGUUCCAUCAAGACCGCUGGAGGUCAUAACCUGGAUGUCGAAGCUCGAGUUCUCCUAAAGAUUUCGUGGCCUCCAGAAAAUCCCACCAUUUCUGUUGAUCAGUGGUUCUAUAUCGUUCAUGGUGAAGAUGGUAUUAUCCUUGGUACUCCUGCAUGUCAUGCACUUGGUGUGAUUGAUGAUGACUGGCCUAUUUCUACACUACUUCAGAACCUUAACCAUCCCUCAUCAGUGAAUACCCUCAACGCAUCAGAAAACAACCCCCAGAUAUGUGACAACAAACCGACCGAAGUCGACCAUCCGGUUCCAAACCCUCCCACGUCUGAUGAUGAACUUUUGUCUGAUUUGAAUUGGCAACCUACCUCCUGUCCUUCUGAAUCAUCAGUCAAAGUCACUUCUGUUAUUGCAAAUGGACAGAACAUUAACUAUUCUGAGGACACAAAUUUCACUCCUCUUCUGCAAUCUUAUAAUGAUAUUUUUGAUGACACAAUUCUCCCGGAGAUGAAAGGUGAUGCCUUCAAGAUUAACUCAAACCUGAUGUUCAACCCUAUGCCCAAGCGAAAGCAAGGAAAAUCCCGAUUCCCUACAUGGAUCAACUUAAGAAGCAACUUGAUGAAAUGGAACGUCUUGGUGUUAUCUCAGUCCAUGAAGAACCAAGCACUUGGUGUCAUCCAAUCGUUAUUGCACCUAAGAAAGAUAGUGACGAACUGA